UUUCCUGCACGUGUACGUCAUUUCUAGCAGUUCCAGGACGCGUUCGGCAAAUUAGGAUUACACCGAUAAUGUGGUAAUCCAUUCAACCAAACUCAAGAUACAGUAGUUAUCUAAUUCUAACAUUCUACAGACCAAACUGAACAGUCUUUAUCGUUCCGGAGUUCACGCAGAUGCGCACAAAAGGCAACUCGUACUUAGAUACAUUUCUGUGAACAACGCACAACAUCCAACAGAGAAGUACCAACUGCGUCAGUGGGGUAGACAGAAGUGGAAGAAACGGAAGUAGAAGGUUGCUGUCACUGUUUCCAUCAGAUUGUACAUUUCAAGCUUUGACUUUUGACAAUGGAAGAUAUGAUUGACAGUCUAAUGAUGCAGGAAUUUGUCAGCGUUUGGGUCCGGGAUCCAAAAAUCCAGAAAGAGGAUUUUUGGCAUGCCCACAUUGAUUAUGAAAUCUGCAUACACACAAACAGCAUGUGCUUCACUAAGAAGAUAUCGUGUGUGAGGAGGAGAUACAGCGAGUUUGUAUGGCUCCGGCAAAGACUGCAGGAGAAUGCUCUUUUAGUGGAGCUCCCCAGACUUCCACCCAGGAACCCCUUCUUCAGUCUCAACAAUGCGCAGCAGAUCACUGAGAGAAUGAAAGGGCUUCAGCAGUUCCUGGAUGUGAUCCUCCAGAACCCAGUGGUGUUAUCAGACAGUCGCCUCCACCUCUUUCUACAGUCACAGCUGAGCGUUACCAAGAUGGAGGCCUGUGCCUCGGGCCAGACGCGUUUUUCUGUGGAUCAGGCCAUCCAGCGCUGUGGCUGCGAGCUCCGCCGUUUCCACUCUGAGGAUGAGCUACGCGGAGUGGACAAGGCCUGCUGGGACUCAGACUGUGAAAGCACUUCCUCAUCAGGACUGGGACAAAGCAGUGAGGCUGCGAUGGCCUGUGAGGAAGACACACUCAUACAGGAUGCCACGCCCAUCAAGGAAGCGCUCCUAACCUGUGCGUCAGUGUCGGUGUGUGGCGAGCAGGAAGUUGAGCCUUGAUGCACCACAUCCCUGCCAGGAAGUCCUUGGCAGAUUCUCAUGCUGCUGAACUUUCCAUCCUAAAAGUUCCUGAAAGUGAGGAUUGAGACCAGUGGUUCAGCUGGCUCAAUUUUAUUUUACAUGUGUUGCCUUUUACUGUACAUCAUCCAGGUUUAGGGAAGCCAGAUGUUUUCGGUUAAUUUAUUUGUAUAUAACAGCUGUGAGGAAUAAAUGAGCUUGUUGCCCGAGUGCCAGCUGAGGUUUUCUUAUCCAUAAGAGCCUUCUUAAUUUUUAUCUUUUUUUUUUUUUUAUAACGUAGUCAAGGUCAGCUGUAUGUAUGUUCAUGACUUAGUGGAAUUUUGCUUUUAGAGAAAGUGCGUACAUUUCUGCCUUACUGGGGAAGGUUCUUAAAAUCAUGUUGAAGUAUUUUACUGAAUUUUAACCUUUUGUAUUUGCUUUGUACUGUAGUAUACAAAUCUAAGGUUAGUGAAGGCUACAUGGAAUUUACAUUCUAGGUUUUAAAUGAUCUUUUAUGUGAAAGAAACAACCAUGACUUUGUAAAGGAUGAGUGACUACAUUUGACCCCCAAUAGGAUAGCUAUUAUUUUCAUAGCAUGCAGCUGAUUCUGAUUGCAUAGUUUCCUAUGGCAAAUCAUUUGUUUAUUAUAUCCAUAUUAUGUACAAGCAUAAUUUGGAAAACAUGAAGUUCUGGUCUUAACACUUUUAUUUUGUGCAACAAAAUGGUGUAUUGUUCUGCUGUUUCAAUUGUUGGAUGUGUAUAUAUUUGUAAUUGAUGUUAUAAGAUGUAUUUUCAUACACUGAAAGUUUUUGUAAUUCACGUCUGUAUAUAUUAUGUCACUGGAAUAAACCAGAGCUGGGAUAAAGUCUUGCACACUGGCAAAUUCAGUCAGUUGAAUUUUACAGUAGCAAGGGAUUUGGUGUAAAAUGUGUAUAUAAUAGAAGUUUUGUAUUUAAUUACACUGAAUUCUAUUUCUCCUGUGAUGGGUAUAAUGUUAAGUUUGUCAUUCCGGGUGCAAGUCACAUGGAACUGAGUAGGUUGGAAGGUUUUUAGAAGAAAAAUGUACCUGUACAAAUAAAGUAAAUUAAAUUAAA